GAAGAAGUGUAUUAACGUGUCUUUUGUAUAACAAAAAUGUUUCAGCGAUGCUUGACAUUACUUGCUGUCUGCGUUGUGUUCAUCACCACAGAAGCUGUUUCAGAUGUGAAGAAAGCAGUGGGUGAGACAGUUUCCUUUCGUCCAGACACAUUAGAAUCUCCUGUCACCAGCAUCACAUGGAAACAUGUUAGUCUUUCUACUGUGAAGGCGAUUGAAUGGGACGUUGAUGAUGGUGUUAUCAUCCCGAAUCAGAUAUUCAAAGACAUCACAACUCUUGAUGAGAGAACUGGACAAAUCACUAUAACUAAUUUAAAAGUCGAGCAUAGUGGAGAGUAUACCAUUGACAUCAACAGUAAACAGCAGGGACAAAGAUUCAGCUUGGAAGUUAUGGAGCGGGUCCCCAAAUCUAACAUAACUGUAGAGGAGAGCGGUAACACUGAUGUUGUGUAUUUAAGAUGUGAGUACAGUGGAACGAUCAUCUGGACGAAUUUAGCUGGAGAAACACUGGAGGGCAAUAAGAACCAUAAGCCAGGAGAGUUCAUCACAGUCAAAAACACAGGAAAUCCAGAAAACUACUACACCUGCACACUCAAGAAUGCAGUGAGUGAUGAGACCAGUGAUCGGGUCUAUGAGAGAUCUGUUCAGUGGUAA